GGACUGUAAAACUGAUCGUAUCAUGCUUUGAUUACAUGGGGCUCGCGGCUUUAACCCGCUCCACUGAGUCGACUGUGAUGCGCGUCUGGGUCGCGCGCUGCUGGUGGGCAGAGCGCCGUCACGAGCUGAAGGUGUCAUGAAACGCAGAAAACUCACUUGCAGAAAGAAAGAGGGUUAUUUAUGCCAGCUCGCAUGGCAACAUAAGAGAUACUCGCUGGACAAAUAAAUUUUCGGAGUGAACAUGGCCAAAAACACAUCUCUGUAUUUUCGGAUCGUCGAGGGCAGGAGCCUCCCGGCCAAAGACGUAUCUGGGACGAGUGAUCCUUACUGCAUUGUUAAAGUUGACAAUGAGGUUGUGGCCAGGACCGCAACAGUCUGGAAGAAUCUUAAUCCUUUCUGGGGUGAAGAGUACACGUUGCACCUCCCGAUGGGGUUUCAUUCGCUGUCGUUCCUUGUGAUGGACGAAGACACGAUUGGACACGACGAUGUUAUUGGAAAGAUUACGCUGAGCAAAGAAGCGAUUGGGUCUCAGGUUAAAGGGCUUGAUAGUUGGAUGAACUUGACGAGGGUUGACCCUGAUGAAGAAGUUCAAGGAGAGAUCCACCUGAGUCUGGAGCUCCUCAAAGACACAAAGAAGAAUAGCCUGCGGUGCCAGGUCAUUGAAGCCAGGGACUUGGCUCCGAGAGACAUUUCUGGAACAUCUGAUCCUUUUGGAAGAGUUAUUUUCAACAACCACAGUGCGGAGACCUCGAUUAUCAAGAAGACCCGUUUCCCUCAUUGGAGAGAAACCUUAGAGCUGGAGCUGGACGCAGAGGAGCUGAGUGAUGAGGGGACUGUGAUUGUGGAGGUCUGGGACUGGGACAUGGUGGGCAAAAAUGACUUUCUUGGAAAGGUGGAAAUCCCUUUUGCUUGUAUGCACAAGACACCUCUGUUAGAGGGCUGGUUUCGUUUGCUGCCCCUGGGAAACAAUGAGGCUGAUGCUGGUGGCAAGCUGGGAGCGCUGCGCCUGAAGAUCCGUCUGGUUGAGGACCGGAUCUUGCCGUCCAUGUACUACCAGCCACUUAUUGAACUUCUGGUUGAGUCGGUAAUCUCCCCCGCAGAGGUGGAGGACAGCAGUUCCCUUACCAUGCUGGAGGAGGUGACCACAGUGGAGAGCAGGCAAGAUGUUGCGAUGACUUUGGUAAAGAUCUACCUGGGACAAGGCCUGGUUGUGCCGUUUCUCGAUUACCUUAAUACCAGAGAAGUCAACCACACAACUGAUCCAAACACCUUAUUUCGCUCCAACUCACUUGCCUCCAAAGCCAUGGAACAGUUCAUGAAGGCUGUUGGCAUGCUGUAUCUGCAUGAAGUGUUGAAACCCAUCAUCAAUCGCAUCUUUGAUGAGAGGAAGUACAUUGAGCUGGACCCAUGUAAGAUUGACCUGAACCGCACAAGACGGAUUUCUUUUAAGAGUGGAGUGUCGGAAGCAGAGGUACGAGACUAUAGCGUGGAGAUGCUGCAGAGCUAUUUAACCAGCAUCAUCGAAUCUAUCGUCAACUCUGUCGAUCAUUGUCCCUCGGUCAUGAGAGUGGCGUUCAAGCAGUUGCACAAGAGAGUGGAGGAACAGUUCACAGAGCCUGAGAAUGAGGAUGUAAAAUACCUUGCCAUCAGCGGGUUCUUCUUCCUGCGUUUCUUUGCUCCUGCCAUCCUGACACCUAAGCUGUUCCAGCUGAGAGACCAGCAUGCUGACACACGUACAAGCCGAACGUUGUUACUACUCGCCAAGGCAUUGCAGAGUGUGGGCAACCUGGGCCUUCAGCUGGGUCAUGGGAAGGAGCAGUGGAUGGCACCUCUUCAUCCCAUCAUCCUCCACAGUGUGGCCUCUGUCAAGGACUUCCUGGAUAAGCUGAUCGACAUAGAUCAUGACAUCGUGUCUGCGGUGCCUCAGGGGGCAGUGUUCAUGCCUUCAGUGACAGUGAAGGAGGGAUACCUCCACAAACACAAAGCAGAGGGACCACAGCUGCUGUCCCGCUUUGCUUUCAAGAAACGCUAUUUCUGGUUGACUAGCGAGACCUUGUCCUAUGCCAAGACCUCUGAUUGGCAGGUGCGCUCCUCAAUACCAAUUCAGCGUGUGUGUGCCGUGGAGAGGGUGGAUGAGAAUGCCUUUCAGCAGCAGAAUGUAAUGCAGGUCAUUACACAGGACAACGAUGGAAAGCUGAACACGAUGUACAUCCAGUGCAAGCAGAAUGUCAAUGAGCUGAACCAGUGGCUGUCUGCAAUAAGAAAAGCCAGCAUCUACAAUGAGCGCAUGCUACCUUCUUUUCACCUGGGCAUUCAUCGCAGCGGCAAGUGGACCUGCUGCCUUCAGGCAGGCCGUGCUGUUACAGGCUGCAGCAGAACACACUCGGCUGUGACUCUGGGCGACUGGAGCGACCCGCUGGAUCCCGACGUGGAGACUCAGAUGAUAUACAAGCAACUUCUCCAAGGCAGAGACAAACUCAGGAAAAAAUACCUGGAGAUGGAAGACGCGGAUCAGACAUCAACCAAUAAGGAAAAGAGGAUAAACCCUGAUAUUCAACCAGAUGGGGCCGAAUGCAACACUCAGCCGAUAAAGCCUAGCACGAGUGUCGCUGCUCGGCUGCUGGUGGUGAUAGAGGAUCUGGAACAAGCUCACGCCACCUUCCAACUGAGAGAAAAAGAGGAUGCCACCAGAGUCAUUCUGAAUCCCUAGGCUGCACACGGCCUCUGAUCUAUUAAUGCCUGGAAAGAGGGGUGGGUGUGCGGAAACGCUGGAGGAAGAAGAGAAAGAGGAGGGGGACCAGUAAGAGGCAGCAAUAGCUACACACUCUCCUGAUUGUCACAGAGGAGAAACUGUGGCCUUCUCUAGCUUUUGGUGCCAGCUGUAAUGAGCAGCGGACACUAUGGCACUUUUUAAUCUUUUUCUGUACUUUCUGAAUGCCACCAACAAGGAAGGUGACGAUGCAUGAUAAUAAACAGGAAGGGGACCUUGCCGUCUGAUCUGAUGUGAUAUUUUUUCUGUAGAUAACGAGCAGUCUGUUGCAUGGCUUGCAUCCACUUGUGAAAUGUGAAAAACCUUUAUAUUUCAAGAUAUUGUACAGGACUUCAAACAUUUUUAUGCAAAAGGCUCAUUGAUGUGUAAUGUACAGUACCUAAAUGUAAGGUGAUUUGAUACUUGUGAUUUAUGACUCGUGUUUUGUUACCCUGAUUAAGGGAGUUUAUUGCCAAUCCCGCUUUGUGGCAGUAAUUUAACAUCACAGGUCAUUCCAUAAUGAUAUUAUGUUAAAUUGAAGCUCAGCGUAACACUGCCUGUAUUGUGAGCAAAAUUAGUAUUGCUUACACGCUGCUUUUUUCCCUUUAUACAAAACAACGAGCUUUUAUUUGGUGCUGCAGCCAUUUGAUCAUAUAAAUUGAGCUCUGAUGUAAUUUGUUUUGCAUUUUUUAAUUUAUGUCCUUACAUGUGAUAUUGCCAUUCUAAAAUUGGAAUGGGUAAUAUGUACUUCACUUACAAGUGUCGGGCUAUGUUUUAGAUGCCAAAUUAGUUUUGACAAACCUAAGCAAGCUGACUUUUAAGUACAGAUAUUGUUGAAUUUAUUUUCACUAAUGUUAAAUUAUUUUCAUUCCAAGCAUUCAUACCCUCAUACAAUUCGUACGCUAGUGGUUGUACCAAGACAAAAUGUGGGGAAAAAACGUUUUCCCUCAUUACAACCACAGACCUUAAAGUGUUUUAUUGGGAUUUUAUUUGGUUGACCAACACAAAGUGGUGCAUAAUCGUAAUGUGGAAGGAAAAGGAAAUGUUUUUACAAAGAAAUCUCUAUAAAGUGUGUCCUCAGGUCACAUCAAGGGGAGAGCAUUUGUGAACAUCAAGUUUAAAAUCUUGUCUAAGAUUCUCAGUUGGAUUUAGUUCUGGACUUUGACUGGGCCAUUUGAUUACAUAAUUAUCCUUUAAUCUAAGCCACUCCCUUGUAGCUCUGGCUGUAUGUUUAGGGCUGUUGUCCAGCCAGAAAAUGACCCUCGACCCAUAUCAAAGCUUUUGCCAGCUUACACAGAUUUCCUUCCACAAUAGUCCAGGAUUCAGCUUCAUCCAUCUUCCCAUACUCUCUGAGAAUCUUUUCUGUCACUAGUGAAGAAGAGCAUCCCCCACAGCAUAAUGCUGCCACCACCAUGUUUUAGCAUAGGUGUGGUGUUUGUUUUAAUCCAGCCCUCACAUUUUGCAUCUAGGUCAGCAUAUAAAAAAUUGGACCGGCCCGGCCUGUUCGUUUAGACAGCCAUGUCUUGGUAGGUUAGCAGAUGUGCCAUACUCUUUCCAUUUUCUUCCUCUAACAAACCUUUAAGGUCUUCAAAGAACAGCUGGAUUUAUACCAAGAAUAAAUUACAAUUGGUUGCGCUGGACUUAAUUUAGGGUUAUCAAAGUAAAACUGGCUGAAGACAAAAGACUCACUUAUAAGAUUUUGAAAAAAAAGAAUUAAACUGCAUUUUUUUAUGUUUGAGUUCCUAGUUUUGAGCUACUUUGUGGUCAGGUUUCAAUUGACAAGUUUGUGGUUGUACUGUGACAAAAUGUGGAAAGUUCAAGGAUAUAAAUACUCUUGCAAGACAUCAUAAGAACACAUCCUGCAUUGAACGUUAUAAUAACUGUGGACCUAAAAAGAUCAGAAAAGUAGAAAUUGUCACAUUUUAUGAUUUCAAAAUUUGAUUUCUUAUAUAUAUUUGCAUGUUAACACAGAAUACAGGAGGAUUCAACAAGUUUUGACAAUUUGCAUAUAUUUUCUGAAGACUCUACACUAAACAAGCCAUAGUUUAAAAAAAGUUAAACUUAUCUGAGAUCUUUCAAUGUCUGAUUGCCCAAACCUUCGUGAUUCUUAGUUCUUCCCAGGACUGAAGUGUUGAAUAUAAAAUAAGAGAUAACACUAACGUGAUGUCUUUUGAAGAUCAGUUGAUUGUGUCUAUCCUCAACAAAUAAAAGUAACAGAACUUUUUACCUGCAGUUUUUUAUUUUAUCCUGAAUUGAGUGAAUUUGCUGCUUUUGAAAAUUAAAUGUAUUUAUUUUCCAAGUGAUGAGUUUUUCUCAGAUCCAGAAUACACUUUAUUGAAAAGACAAAACACAUAGCUUCAAAUCUUUUUGAAACACACAAUAAUGGUUUGUUUUUUAAGUGUGGGGAUGCCUGUAUUAUUAAUGACUUCACCCAUUGUACUACAGAAAGAAAUAAAAUGGCCGUGUUAAUUUGUCGACAGGCUUGUGUUCUAAUUAAGUGCAACCACAUUUAUCCAUACAUGAAUUAACAAAUUAUGUGACUGUGCUGCUGAUACCAUAUUGCACUCAGAGCUUUAUAGGUUCCACACAUCUCCAUCGGUCAAAUGAAUCAUUUAAUCAAAACCAUAAACCGGGAAGGGAGCUGCUGGGUCUGUGCUAAUGAAAGCUGGUGUCGAAUGGGGGGAUUGAAUGAAUGAAUCCAGAAACCAGCAGAUCCCAGAGCUCACUUUUAUUUCCAGCAACCACAGCCCCGACAGUCAGAGCAAAAAAAAUGACCAUAAAGUAGAUUUACUACCACUGAGAGGCGUUUCUGCGACUCCCUCGAAGCUCAUUUCAAUCCAUGGAACAAAGAGCAGAGCAGAGAGCUGUCUGUGGAGCAGGCCAAGUAAAAGCACAUCACAUCUCUGAGUGGUAAUUCAGAAUGGAAAAAAAAAUACGAGUCAGAGUCAGGGUGCGGAAAUCCCCCAGAGCCCCCAAGGGCACAUUUAUUUAUUUUUUUCCACAAGGAACACACAAACAUGCAACAAGGUCAUCACAAUUCAAUAAAGACUGAUUGAUUAAGAAGCCCUUUAUAGUUUAAUCAGUGUCUCUCAAUAGCUUGCAUUUUGUUAAUGUCACACUGCUUAAGGUUAAAUCAAAUCACAGUAAAUGAUCAUUUAAAAUAUUUAUUAAAAUGGGCACCUAAAUGUAUGAAAACAUUCUAAUGUAUUGUGUUUGUAGAGUGUGGGAGAGAAAAUCAUUGUUGCCUCAAACAGGUGCAUCUCAAUAAAUUAGAAUAUCAUCAAAAUGUUAUUUUGUAAUUCAAUUAAAAAGUAAAAUCCAUAUUAGACUGUGUUGUAUAGAAAAUGUUAUGUUAUGGCCUGUACAAUCAUAAGGAAAACUGUUGACAGUUUUCCAGCAGACAGUCAUUGUCAGGCAUCCCAAGGAAGGGAAGUCACAAAAGUUUACUGUUCAGAGGGUGCUGUAUCCAAGCCUAAUAAUGGAAAGUUGAGUGGAAGAAAAGGGUGUGGUGGAAAAGGGGGACAUGCAACUAGGAUAAUUGCUAUAGAAGCCACGUGUUAACAGAGCACAGUAUGCAAGCAUGUUAAUGUAUGAUUGGGUGAAAGGAAAAAAUGUAAAAGAAAAAGGUGCAUAAGCAACAGAGAUCAUUGCUCAAGAAGCUGCUUGUUCACAAAGUGCUGCAUGCAAGUGUUUUAAUUGAACAUUGUGUGGUGGGAUAAAGUGGGAUAAUGGCAAACAGCUUCUUUAGCAAUGACUUUUUGUGGUGAGCAUCAAAGACUACCGGUUGGACAACCGUUAAAUCAGCAGUCUGCUCCAUGAUUGAGUAGGCCACAAUAUGGUUCUAACAUUUCUGUAUUAGAUAUUAUUUUCUAAUUUGGUCUUCUGCAAUAUUCACAUUUUCUGAGAAACUGAAAUUUAGUUUUUCGUUAGUUUUAAGUUAAAUUAAUAAAAAUUAAGAAAAAUAUAUACACUUGAAAUAUAUCAGAAUGUGCAUUAUGAAUCUAUAUUUAUGUUUCACUUGGUGAAUAACUGAAAUAAAUUCACUUUAGAUGAUAUUUUUAUUUAUAUAGAUGUGCCUGUAAAUCACCAAUAGAGGCUAUAAGAUCUUUCUAACUAACCAAAGAAAUUAGUAAAUCACCAGAAAAAGAAAAUUGCAUGGUAUGUUUUUCAAAAGACACUAUGAUGUUUUGAUACACAGAGAGCUAUGCAUUGUCAAUACUCUUACAGUUUGGUUGACAUGCACCUCUAGGAGAAUAUUACUGCAUCUUGAAAGGACAUGAACCUAAUCUUUGUCUACUAGACACCUAUCUGCCACACACACACACUCACAAGCACACACACACUCACAAGCACACACACACACACACACUCACAAGCACACACACGCACACAGACAUAGACAGAAAAAACUAUAUCCACAGUUUGAAGCAGACACUACAAGAGAGUAUAGCUGUAAAUAUAUUAUGACAAAUAGAUUUGAUCACUUACUCCACUUCAAAUGGAAAGGUAUGAAAUGAAUAAACAAAAUGAAGCUGUAAUGUGACAUACGAUUUCUUUCAGAGACAAUCAUUAAAAAAUACAUAAAAAUAUAUAUGUUUUCAAAUACAUAGCAUAUUAACAUCUUCAGGCCUCCUUUGCUCAUUAACCAGGAGGUAGGCAAACUAUAAAGAAAAACAUCCACUGUCGUAUUACCCAGAAAUCUGCCUUCCUGCUACACACAAGCCAAGUGCUAGAGCUUAAAAAUAGGAAAUUGCAUAAAAGCCUUCUCUCUCUUCUUUAUUCAGGCAGAUACUUUUCUGUGUGUCACUGAAACUUCAUCCAACAUUGAAAAAAGGAAAUGAAAAUCCCUGAUUGAAAGCUUUCUCUCCUGCUGUCCCAUUUUCAGAAAAGGGUGUCAGCAAGGUGUGAAGGAGGAACCCUGGAAUGGGCCGAAUGGUGAUUGUUUUUAACACCUGGGUCAAACAUUACAUUUUAAUGGUUUGGAAGUUUGCUUUAGCACAUUCUGUUUACAAGAAAGAUGGAAAUUUAAGUUUAAACAGAUAACACCAAAUAUUACCUGACAACUGGGUGAAAUAUUGGCUGAAAAAAUAUAUUUUUCAAACCAUUGAAAGCUGAUGUUUUUGGCUGUGGGGACAGUCGAAACAGCUUAUAACAUACAGACUCCUUUUAGUUCACAUUUAAUAUGAAGGUUUAGAGAUAUUCUGCCAGUUUCCCAUAACUCACCACAUUUUACACUGAACAUUAUUCUGUUUGAUCCAUCAUAUCAUUUUUACCAUUUUUAGGUUUUGCACAAUGACCAAGAAAAGGAAACUUGCACCUUUCCCAAAUGUUUUGCAUCAAGCAGUCAAAAACUGACCUUAGGUAUGCUGUUUUGAUGAAGUUGCAACUCUGCACAACCUUGCGUGGAUUUUGUUCGAAAUUUGUGCCACUACAGGACCGUACCCACUUAUUGGCACACCUGGUAAAGAUGUGUGAAGUUAAUCUUUUAUGGAGAAUUUUCAGCAUAAUCUCAUACUGAAAAUAAAAAGAGAAAAUCAACCUUUAAUUUGUGUAAAUUUAUAUAGAUGGAAACAAAAAUUCUAAGAAAUUAUUGUUUAUAACAAAGGCACCUGUGCCACACCUGCUUGCACCCCUGCUGCUGAUACUUUGCGUAAUACCCUUUUGCCAACAGAACUGCCCCUAGUCAUGUUCUAAGGACAAGGAUCACUGGCCCUCUUUGCAGUCUCCCUACUUCACAGGUGUCCAACUCCGGUCCUCCAGGGCCAGUGUCCUGCAACGUUUAGAUGUGUCUCUUUGUCAACACACCUGAAAAUAAUUAUUAGGUCAGUAGCAUGACUCUGUAGAAUCUGGGUAAAUGAGGAGGUAAUUCAGUCCUUUGGUUCAGUUCUGUUGGACUUAGGACACAUCAAAAAGAUCCAGGACAGCGGGCCUCGAAGACUGGAGUUUGACACCCCUGCUAUAGAUCAUUCAAGAUCCUGGAUUUCUUCUAAAGCUCUCUUGAGUUCUCCUCACAAGUUUUCUAUAUGAUUUAGAUCCAUGAACUGACAUGGCCAUGGAAGAAAAAACUAUUCGUGGAUCAUAAUCGAAAUGAUCCAAAGGUGACCCAUUUUUAGUUUUUAAGCAGAGUAAUUUAGGUUUUUAUUUAAAAUGUCCUGGUAUUUCAAAAAGUGAUGAUGCACACUAACAAUAAUCAUCUUUAUUGGUUAUUGUACAUGUACAUUACAACAAAAUUUGUCCUCUGCACUUAACCCAACCCUUACAGGGAGCAGUGGGCUGCCAUUGUGCGGCGCCCAGGGAGCAUUCUGGGGCUAAAGGUCUUGCUCAGGGAGCCAGAGUGGCAAUCUGUGGGAUACAAACCUGGCCCCAUGUGUCCCCUCCGGAACACAAAUCUCCUGCUCUAACCACUAGGCCACGACUGUGUUAAUGUGCAGCCUGCAAUUUUGUAAAAAAAAUAAAUAGAAAACACUUCACAGAAAAUUUCACUUU